AUGGAUGACGAUAAAUUAAUUUUAAAUCUCGUGUUCCAAGAUUCCCCUUCAGAAAGAACGAGCAUUCGAUCGAAAAUAAAAGAAGUACGCGGAGGUUGGAAAGAAAAAAAUAGAAUCCGCAGGUCUUUGAAAAAGAAUGCGGCGAAUUCUCAUAAAGCUGACGUCGUGAAAGCGGAGAACAAAGAAUUAGAAAAGUUUAAUGAAAAAUCAAAAUUUAACAAAAAGAUCCUUCCCGAUAAUAAACAGCGACAAAAUGAAGCAAAUUUACGUCCUUCGAAGGAAGAAUCAGGAACACUCGUCAAGAAACAUGUCAUAUCCUCAAUAUUCACAUAUAACCCAGAGAUUAUAGAUGUUAACGGGGAUGCCAACGCAUUACAACAAACUCACGAUCAGCCUAGCAAUGCGCCUGUGAAAGGUGCGUCAACCUUCGUUGGCAUGGGGUUGGAUCACGAUCUUGUUUCUAAUAUGGAAGAAAAGCUUGGUGUCGUGAAUCCAACCAACAUACAACGAAGAGCGAUUCCCAUCAUUAACAACGAUGAUGCCGAUGUAGUAGUGCAAGCAGAAACCGGAUCUGGAAAAACUUUAACAUAUUUACUUCCAGUUGUUCAUCGUUUAAUGCGUGCUACAGCAGAUGUUCAAGACACAUCCUCAAUUUCCCGAUCUGUCGGAACUCUUGCCAUCAUUUUGGCGCCAACACGAGAACUGACGAGGCAAAUUCUUUCAGUAAUAAAUUCAUUAAUCGACAUACCGCCAUCAAAACUUGGCAAACGUCACCUGAAACAUUGGAUGGUUUCCGGAUUGGUGGUGGGAGGCGAAAAGAGACAGUCCGAAAAGGCAAGACUUCGCAAAGGCGUGAACAUUUUGGUCAGCACUCCUGGUAGAUUGCUGGAUCAUCUUCAAAAUACGAAAUCAUUCAAAGUAAAGAGUUUACGUUGGUUGGUGCUCGAUGAGGCGGACCGUCUCCUGGAAAUGGGAUUCGAGGAAACUCUCAAGUCGAUAUUGAAAGUGCUCGAUGAAAAAACCAAGGGCGAUGAUGUUCAUAAAGAUCCCAAAAAUCAGCUUUUCACCUCGCCCACGUGGCCAAAAAGGAGACAAACCAUUCUCUGUUCAGCUACACUAAGAGAUGAUGUACAGCGUUUAGCAGGAUACAGUUUGGUCAAUCCAACUUUCGUAAGAGGAAAUAAUGAACAUUACGGGAGUAUUGAUCCCAGGACUUUCAAUUACACAACCCCUAAUCAAUUGAAACAAAACUACGUGAUAACACCGGCAAAGCUACGCUUGGUGACUCUGACGGCAAUAUUGAAAUCAAUUUUCAGUCCAGAAAGUUCCGAAACUUUAAAAAGUCGCAAGAUCAUCGUAUUCUUAUCAUGUCGCGACUCUGUUGAUUUCCAUUUCGAUCUGUUUGUUCAUUCCGAAAAAAUUGGAGAAGAAAAGGACGAGGAAUUAACUCCCGAUGAUGAAGAACAUUACGAAUUUUCCGAAGGUUCAUGCGAAAUGAGUAAGAUCAUCCCUGGGGCACCGAUCUACAGAUUACACGGAGAACUGUUACAAAAUGUUCGCACGAAAAUAUUCAAUAAUUUUAGCGAAGCGGAAUCCGGUAUAUUAUUUUGCACGGACGUUGCAGCUAGAGGUCUUGACCUCCCAGAUGUCUCAAAGAUUAUUCAAUAUGAUCCUCCGACCGACCUAAAGGAUUAUGUUCAUCGCGUGGGAAGAACAGCGAGGUUAGGUAAGAAAGGUGAAGCCAUAAUAUUUUUGUUGCCAAGUGAGAUCGAAUAUAUUCAUGCUCUAAAGUCACAUGAGAUCCAUGCUGAACCCGUUCAGGUAGAAGCAUUGUUAGAAGGCUUAAGUCCAAAGGGUAAAAGCGAGAGUUAUGAACUUGAAGCAACAAAGAUUCAAUUGAACUUUGAAGGAUAUGUUCUUUCGAAUUCGGAGCGCACAAAAACAGCUCGAAAGGCUUUUCUAUCAUACAUUCGAGCAUAUGCUACACAUUCGUCUUCCGAAAAACACAUCUUUCAUAUCAAGAAAUUACAUCUCGGCCAUGUAGCUAAAAGCUUUGGACUUCGAGAGGCCCCAUCAGAUAUAAAUUAUAAUCCUAAUAAUCCUAAUGAAAAUAACAAAAAUAAGAAGAUGACGACUAAAAAGAUCAAGGUCUCCUCGAGAAGUUCAACGAACAAAAGAAAGUUUGAUUCCCUAAUUAGCGAAUUCUCUGCCGGAGAUUAUUCUUCGAUGUUUUUGACAUCUCAUAGUGCUCAGAAUUCCACCCGGAUAAUUCGCGCCGAAAUUCAUGACGCACAAUAUUACGUUCAAUGCACCUUUAGCGAAGCUUGUGUCAAAGAUUUCGAGAGCCAAAAUCAAAUCACCCUGACAUCUAUAAAAGGCGCAAACAUCAUCAUUCGCGAGUUCACCAUAAUUCACCACAACGACACGACAUCGAACAUAAUCCUCAACAUCACUUUAGAGAUCAAGAAUUUUGUUUAUUCCACAAACAUAGUUCCGGAAUCCGAAUACUCCUUAAGGUAUAUUUGUGACGAUACAGAUUGUCGGAUAGGAAUGAAGUACAUUUCGAUCCAAAAAGGAAAUCCGUUUGAAAAUCCCGGUUGGAAGGAAUUGGAAGAAAGAAUAAAUUCCAUGUCAUGUAGGAUCGUCCCACCGGAUCAACGAAAAAUACUUGAUGCCAUUCCAGAGUGGACGGACAACGAAUCCAGCGUGACGAUAUCAUCUCCAGACUCCAUAGAGUGUGCGCUGGAGUCACCCGGCGAGCGGGUCGUGGAAUCGGACGAAGAAUUAUCAGCAAAUAUCUCCGACGAGCAAAUAAAGUUUAUCCGGAAAGGUGCAUUGAAACGAAGAAAUGAAGAGAAAAAUGAAUAUUGUAAAAGGACAAAAUUUUCAGAUGAAGACUAA